UCUUCAACGGCAGGGAAGCCGACUCACCAAAACCGGUUCCGUAUCUUUAUCUUUGAGCCGAUCUCAACACCACCACCCUUCUUCGUCACACGGUCGUGCAGCUUCACCGAAUAGGUUAUCUGCUCUUGGCCGCGGUGUGGCUGUCGUCAGAUCUUGAAAUCGUGAGAGACAGUCACUCCAAUGCGGGACUAGCAGAACACAGCAUCGCCUGCCAUUCACAAUGACCAACACUUAUCCGCCGCCGCCGCAGCCUGACGGGCAGCAUUAUAAUGCCGCCUAUUUAGGCCACCAUGGCACAUCACAUUUGCUAGAUGCCGCGCAACAGGGCCAACUCCAAUACAGCAAUUUGAAUCAACCUAUGUUCCCCAAACUCGACUCAAGUCCUAUACCUCAGGAUGACCCCAAUAUGCACAUGCAAAAUCUGGCCCAGGAGCUACAGAACCACGCCGCUCUAGGCGAGCAACAGCGCCAGCAGCUGCAACAAACACAUCAGAUCCAGCCGCCGACGUCGACGGCAAACUCUCCCACAGCUCUCGCGGCCACUUCUCACCCUCAAAGUCAACCGGGAACGCCGGAUCAUGCGCCGAAAACCAAUCGCCUCCGCAAGGCGUGUGACUCCUGCAGUAUCCGGAAGGUCAAAUGCGACGAGAACAACCCUUGCAAAGCGUGCUCUGCGCUCGACAUUCCUUGCACAUUCCAACGACCCAGCCGACGACGCGGACCGCCGAACCGCCACGCCGAAGCAAUCAAACGCCGUCGCCUCGAGGACGGAUCUGGGAUGGAGGCAUCUCAACGCACAGCUACAUCGUCGCCAUCUUCACCCCUGCACGCCGCGCAAGCUCUUACCAGACUGUCAACUCAGAUCCAAUCCGAAUGUACAGCCGAAUCACUUUGCUUGCCAAUCGAAACUCUUAAUUUAUUGAUCGAUGACUUCUUCGCGUACAUACACCCAUUAUGUCCUUUCCCACACGAGCCAAGCUUUCGAGAGCAAUGGGCCAUGCGAGAAGAUCGGAACAACCCUGGUUUCCUGGCCCUACUCGCAGCUAUGAUAGGUGCUCUUGUCGCCUCUUUUCCGCGCAUGCCUCGUAUACAUCUACAAAACCAGGGGCGGGAGAAUGUGUACUCGAACCAUAUCAGCCUGGUCAAAAGGUGCCUAGAAGUUUGUGCUUCUGCACGCGGACCUGGAUAUCUCGAUAGAGAUGACCUGAACGUCUAUGAUGCCGGCACCAGUUACUUCCUCGCUCUAAUGAAUGCUUUCACUUACAAAUGGCAAGCAGCUCGGCUCUACUUUGGUGAGAGCCUGACUAUCCUCCGCUCACUAGGCUCGCACAAGGUACAAGAGGGCUUCUCGCCGACCAAGGAUGUGCCGAACCCACUCAGAUCCCAGAGUACAGAAGCAGAAUCAAGUACAGAGCAGCCUGUGAACUUCAUCAAUCUAGAAAUGUCGAGGCGAAUCUACUGGACCAUGGUAGUGACCACCAGAUCUCUAGAACAGCUUGGCGGUCGGUUUGGCGAGAUUUUCAUCCCUCCUGCCACACGCACAGAUCCCUGGCCACCUUUACCGGUCGAAGUCGACGAUUCACUAAUCUAUCCCGGGUACAUUGGGCAGCAGCCAGAAGGAAAAGUACCACUGAUUGCAGGCUUCAAUGCCAACGUCCGCAUCCACAAUUCAUACAGCAAUCUGGCCACCUUUGAGAUGGCAUGGGGUGUAGACUCCUUAAUCGAUUGGGAACGUCAACAGCGUAUGCUGUUCGAAUCACUUCAAACAUGUAAAAACCUGCUUGCGGACUUGCCGGCGGUCCUGACUGUGCAAACACAAGCUGGUUUGCGAACGCCAGCUGUUCCGCAAAACGGCAUCUAUCCUCCCUAUCAGCCCGAUGGCAGGGCUGCACUGGAAGGCUUACCGAAGACCAGCGCGCAAUCAAUGCCUGAAGAUCGUAGGCGAUCACAGUAUGAGAUUCAGAAGGCCAACGUGUACGUCUCCAAUCUGGCCACGCGCUCAUAUAUUGUUGAGAAGUACUGGAACGUCCGCGAGAUGUACGAUCGAUCAAUAUCCCAAAACCCCGGCACACCCCCCGACCCGUCUAUCCUCAACAUUGCGACUGCCGCAGGACACAAAACCUAUGCGUCCAGCAAAUCCGAGUAUAAUUCCGCCGAGAUCGAAAGAGUGAUGCGCCAGGAAAGGGAAAACAUCAUCCGAGACCUGUCUAUCGUGUUGGGCAGCAUCGACCAAGUGAACAUGGAGCCUAACGCGCAUUCCCUGACAAUGAAAAUCCGCUCCAUCGCCGGCACCCUCGUUCAACAAGGGAAGCCCGACCAGCGCGGCAGCGCGCUUCCGAGCCAAGCCCAGGCCUACCUCCUCGCCUUCCUCGAUAUCCUCGAGAAGCUCGAGCGCGUGAGCCCGGGCGACGGCAGCGAACACAGUGAGCAGGCCGGUGACGAGGAGGCGGAUCUACGCGCGUGGGCAGACCUUCGCGAAUACCAGAUGGAAUUUGCACGGAACGGUGGAUUAUUGGGUUUGUCGUGAUUCUUUUGAAUCAUCACUGGCGCAUGGGACGGUAUGGAUCUGGAGAACAUCUGUGUAUGUGCGGGGGAGAUCAUUGGCAUCUGUUCAUUCUCACCCCUGCUUCGAUUAUUUCCAUGAGCCGUAUGACUGCCGCGAAACAGAUACCUGUCUGGUGGCGGUCGGCUAUAUGUACUCCUGAUGCUUUGGGGACACCGGCGUAGAGGAAUGUAUCAAAUAUAUGUCGCAGCUCGUGCUUCGAGAGGCACAUAUACUUCGUGAAGGCA